AUGAUGGCCACCGGGUCUCGCGAUUCCUCAGUUCGUGAGGCCAAAGUAUUCGUCAAGGAAGUCGUCCGCAAUGACUGGGAUUUCGAAGCCGGCGUUCCCUCCCCGUCAUCCGCCGAUGGAACCCUAUGCAACAACCGCGAAGUGUGCGAAUGGCGAGUCCGAGAAUUCGACACCCCCACCUCGGAACUUGAACCACAAAGCUCAGAUAGCGAGGCAGAAUAUGGAGAGUCAGCUGGGGUGAAAUCCGCCCCCGGAGAUGCGGGCGUGGAGCGGCGUCGCAAACGUCGUCGACAGAUGGACGACGAAAUGGCAUGGAACGAAGGGCUACGCGUAUGGAUGGCCAGACGCGAUGCGUGGUGUGGAGCGAAGACUCGGCGCCAGAUUCGAGCUGAGGAAGCAAAGCGUGCGUUGGCUGGUACACAGACAGAUACAGCAGAUCAAUCCGAUAGCGUGGGAUUAGGAGAAAAUAAUGCGACUUCGUCGUCUUCAUCCCAGUCUGCGAAGUCGCCUGGUCAGGGUAGUGAUGGUAUUGGCGCCUCUGAUCUGGCAGCUCGGACCGAGACGUCGCUCUCUGUCGCGGAUCGGGAGAAAAGUGAGGAGCUCCAGCAUCGAGUGGAUAUGACCUCGGGACAGCAAGAGGAUCAGGAGGAAGGAUUGUCAACCGCGCCAGACGAGGGAGCUAAAAGGAAGGCAUCGUCAGAGACCAACAUCACAGUUCCCGAUCAGAAAUUUGCCGCAAUCGUGCCUACUCAACCAACCUUACCGGCUGUGGAGAACCAAACAGAAGAAGAGAAGGAAGAAGAAGAGCUUGAUGAACCACUCUGCCCCGUUGCCCCUCCUUUCAUUUCAGACGACAACCCAGUUCGCGCAACCAUCAAUCCCGCAAUCUACCCUUCAAUUUACACCAAGGUUGUCGUGCAAGGCAUGACCCCCACCGUCCCUGUCAACCUCGCCCAUCUGACCAAAGCCAUGGUCCAAGGCUGGAAAUCAGACGGGCAGUGGCCACCAAAGCCAGCCGUGACAUCGAUUGUCCUUGCUGAUGAUGCUUCUGUGCCCAAGAAAACCACUGAGGAGCCACCACAGGGCAGGAGAAAGAACAGCAUUACCAAUGCUGUGAAGAAAGUUUUCCAUUUCGGAUCGCAUCCCUUCCAUCGACGCGCCAGCCAGGAUACCGGGAAUGGAGGUGCCACUGGCCCGACGAACUAA